CUUCAUGUCAUGAGUGAGACUUUGAGGGCGAAGAUGCUUGUGCCGAAGGCAGUGCCUCUCUCGUUGGGAAGCGUGCUGCAUCAGCCACCACCGCGAAUAGUCGGGCCAAGUCACGACCAACAGACAACAAAUCUUCAUGUUGCAACGAAUGAACAAGAAACCAGUGGAGCCACUUCGCAGCAUUUUUUGUACCGUUCUAAUCAUCGGCCAGCGGCAAGCAGUAGAUCACCUUUUAAGCAGGCGAGUACUCGGCGCGGAG